AUGGCUCUCCGUCGUCGAAUUGCGCUCUCAUGUCUCUGUCUCCUCGUCUGCGCCCUCCUCGUCUGCCGAGUAUGGGUCUUCUCCAGCUCCACCGUCUCUUCUACUACCUCCACACUUGCUUCUAGUAGUUCUCGGGCCGAUGUCAAAUCACCCAGCGCCAGCGCGCCACAGGCUCUGCUAGUAGGCAUUGCUCUAGACGCUGCGGGUUCAGCACCUAGCAGCAGCAGCAGCGCGUCUACUUCCGCGUCCGCCUCGCUUUUGAGGCGUCUCAAAAGCAGCGCGUCUUCCCCGUCCGCGUCCGCGUCCGCGUCCGCGUCGCUUUCCUCCUUCGACCCCAACAACAUCUGCAGUCAGGCCGGCGCUUACGCUGACACGAGUGCCGACGAGGGAUCGGAUCCUGCCGACUUAGGGUUCUCGCACGUCAACGUCAGCGGCGACGGGUGGGAUGGCCCCGCCACGCCAUUCCAGCCCGCGUGCUUCCAAAUCCAAGCUUUUGAUGUGCAAGGCGGGCCAUUCGACCGUGGUUGCAGGUACGACUCACCUCACCUCCUCGUUCAUCCAACUUUCCUUCUCUAUUCAUGCUCUGGUCCAUGCGCGCAAGGCCUUGCCGCUAGUGGCCUGGCAGCUGUGGGGCGCACCUUUCCUUCUCUAUUCAUGCUGUGGGGCGCACCUUUCCUUCUCUAUUCAUGCUGUGGGGCGCACCUUUCCUUCUCUAUUCAUGCUGUGGGGCGCACCUUUCCUUCUCUAUUCAUGCUGUGGGCGGGUCACAGAUGGCAGCGCGCCUUCUUAGUGGCAAGCAUGCGCCGCGUUGCCACCAACGACGGGGACGAGGCAGCAGAGGCUCAAGUGCAGGCGCCGCGAGUGCAGUACCUGCCCGAGUCCAGCUCGCACCAGGUGGGCGCUCCCCCCCCCACGUCCUUGCCAAUCACACCCACGUGCUCCUUCUGCAAACUGCGUGUCCAACCACGAAACAUGCCACUGCAAACUGCGUUGCCACUGCCCUGGGCGCAGUGCCACUGCCCUGGGCGCAGUGCCACUGCCCUGGGCGCAGUGCCACUGCCCUGGGCGCAGUUCCACUGCCCUGGGCGCAGUGCCACUGCCCUGGGCGCAGUGCCACUGCCCUGGGCGCAGUGCCACUGCCCUGGGCGCAGUGCCACUGCCCUGGGCGCAGUGCCACUGCCCUGGGCGCAGUGCCACUGCCCUGGGCGCAGUGCCAUUGCCCUGGGCGCAGUGCCAUUGCCCUGGGCACAGUGCCACUGCCCUGGGCGCAGUGCCACUGCCCUGGGCGCAGUGCCACUGCCCUGGGCGCAGUGCCAUUGCCCUGGGCGCAGUGCCACUGCCCUGGGCGCAGUGCCACUGCCCUGGGCGCAGUGCCACUGCCCUGGGCGCAGUGCCACUGCCCUGGGCGCAGUGCCACUGCCCUGGGCGCAGUGCCACUGCCCUGGGCGCAGUGCCACUGCCCUGGGCGCAGUGCCACUGCCCUGGGCGCAGUGCCACUGCCCUGGGCGCAGUGCCACUGCCCUGGGCGCAGUGCCACUGCCCUGGGCGCAGUGCCACUGCCCUGGGCGCAGUGCCACUGCCCUGGGCGCAGUGCCACUGCCCUGCCACUGCCACUGGCUCUUGAUCACCCAUCACAUGCACCCAUCAACCUCUGUGUGUGCGCGCGUGUGCUGCCAAGAGCAGGUGUGCUACACGGUGCAGGGCGGUGAUGGGGUGUACGAGGUGGUGGUGGCGCUGCCAUGGACCAACGCCUUCUUGCUGCGCGAGAGCGUCAACCCCAAGCUCGCCUCCGGCUUCUUCAGGUGCCGUGCCGCUGCCUGCCGUGCCACUGCCCGCCGUGCCACUGCCUGCCGUGCCACUGCCUGCCGUGCCACUGCCUGCCGUGCCACUGCCUGCCGUGCCACUGCCCGCCGUGCCACUGCCUGCCGUGCCACUGCCUGCCGUGCCACUGCCUGCCGUGCCACUGCCUGCCGUGCCACUGCCUGCCGUGCCACUGCCUGCCGUGCCACUGCCUGCCGUGCCACUGCCUGCCGUGCCACUGCCUGCCGUGCCACUGCCUGCCGUGCCACUGCCUGCCGUGCCACUGCCUGCCGUGCCACUGCCUGCCUGUGCCUUCUUUCGUUAUCCGCACACUCGGUGGCGGGUACUCAUUUCCCAACCCACACGGGCCCGUGCCCGCCCCUCCCUGCUGUGUGUGUGCGGCGUGGCAGCGAGGAGCAGAGCCUGCCGCGGUGCACAUUCAGUCUGCUGCGCGACUCACGACAUGAUGGCUUCUGGCGAGGAGACACGUGGCACCCCACGGCCUGCCGCCUGCCUGCCCCCAUCACGCCCGCACGCAUUGGGCGCUGCCUGCACGGCAAGAGCGUCCUCAUUCUAGCUGGCUUCGGGAAAGCCAUAGACCUCGUCCCACGCCUCUCCCGCUCUCACCGAGUGGCAGGAGGUGCACCGAGUGCGGGUGAGGAACGUGGUGUUCAAGGAGGGCCCGCCAGUGGACCCCAGCUCGGGCAUGGCCUUGGCUGUCAACUACAGCACCUUCUGUGGCCGCACCACCUACUGGGGUCACUUCUGGAGCGGCUUCGCCCUGCAGCAGUGAGUGCACAUGCAGCAGUGAGUGCACAUGCAGCAGUGAGUGCACAUGCAGCAGUGAGUGCACAUGCAGCAGUGAGUGCACAUGCAGCAGUGAGUGCACAUGCAGCAGUGAGUGCACAUGCAGCAGUGAGUGCACAUGCAGCAGUGAGUGCACAUGCAGCAGUGAGUGCACAUGCAGCAGUGAGUGCACAUGCAGCAGUGAGUGCAGCAGUGAUUGCACAUGCAGCAGUGAGUGCCUCUGCAGGAGUUGCUGCGCACAUGCUCCUCGCCGUCUCCUCCCUACCACUGGCACGUUGGGUGAUCGUGCAUCCAGUGCGGCGCCGCGGCCGUGCGUUCACCUUCAACCUCACCUAUGCCACGCACCUGGAUUCAGAUGCCCCUGUCUUUGACGACUGGCGCUCUGCCCCUAAUCUCACAGGCGGCCCCAUUGUCACUCACUUUGCGCCAUUCGACGUAGUGGCAGUGUCCUUUGGCCUGCAUGACAUAACACGCAAGAGUAAUGCAUCGGAAAUGGCAGAGGCGUUCAGGUCAGUGUUUCUGCCUUCACUCCAGUCAGUUGUUCGCAAUCCGGACGGGGUCACUUUCUUUGGCAUCUGGGCAGCGCAAGAGAAGAAGAAGCCGCAGAGAUAUCUCCAUAAGAGCAACAACGUCAGAGGGUUCACGUUCGAUGACCAUGUAGCCAG